AUGGCUGGCUCCCCCUCUGGUGAACCCGGCGAGCGUCAUUCACGCAAGCGUCGUGUCUCUCAGAUUACCCCCGACAAGUCCAAGAAGCCGGCAAACAGUCUGUCCCCUACCCUUGCUGAGGCCAACUCGAACAAGACUUCCCAAAUGGAUCCAUCUCCAUCCACUACCAAGCCUUCUGCCGUCCCUGAGGUUUCGGUCACCAAGGGACUGGCCAAGCCCAACGACAAGACUGAGGGUCCCGCAGUCGAUGCCAGUGCCAAGGCUAAGACUCCCAAGCCGGCGGUGUUGAUGAAGACUAAGAACAAGUCUGAGAAGGCCACUGGAAAGGAUAAGAAGCCUGAUGAGAAGGAGAACGUUGCUGCAAAGAAGGAUGAUGGCAAGGGGAAGAAAAACGAUUCCAAGGAAAACAAGGAGGACGCCAAGGAUCAGAAGCCCGAUACUAAGGAGAAUAAGGAUAUCAAGGAGGCCAAGCUUGAUACCAAGGAGAAGUCGACCAAAGCUCCUGGAGUUCCGAAGGCUGGCCAGGGUGUCAAGCUCCCUGGCCUCGUACAGCCCGUCGCUUCCGACUCGGAGGACUCUAGCGAUGAUGAUAUCAACGACUCUGACGACUCCAGUGAUUCCAAUGACUCGUGCGACUCCGACGACUCUUCCGAGGACAGCGACUCCGAGGACCCCUCCUACCUCGACGACUAUUCCGACGAGGACCUGUUCGAGGAGGUAAAGGUCGAGUACGAUGAGUUCGCUCACAUGAGCCCCGACCGCCUCGCUGAGGAGAAGGCCAAGACCCUUCGCCAAGUGCAGACCUUUAUCGACAACUCCAAGGAUAAGCACUAUCAUGAGUUCCCCCUGGAGAGCCUCACUGGCCCGACCAACUAUUCGACCUGGAUCCUUGGUAUGGAGAUCUUGCUGCGUAUGCACCAGGUCUGGCCUGUCGUUGGUGAGCCCAGCGUUCCGCUUGAUAAGGAUCAUGAGAUGUACCCUUGGUACGAACACAUGGUCAGCGUGGCAGUCUCCUUGAUUUAUGGCCAUGUCUCCCCUGAGCUCCGCUCCCAGCGUUGCUUUAUGGCUUCGGCCAUCAGGCGCUCUCCCAGCAUGAUGAUGCAGCACCUCUGGGCACAUUUCAGCAAGGAUGAUGAUAGCCUUACGUGUUAG